ACUCUCUAAAAACUUGCCUGAAUUCCAUAACCAUAACUAAUAAUUUUUCUAAGGGAUUUUAUGAUGAUUUUAAGAGAAAACAUGAUUAUCUUCGUAUUAGUGUAAUCGAUAAAUGCAAUUUUAAAUGUAAAUACUGCUAUCCGCAAACAUCAAAAUUUAUCGCAACACCAAUGUCUCAAUUAUUGGGUUACCAAGAGAUCCUAAAAUUAAUAGAUAUUUUUGAACGUCACGGAGAUAUCAAAAAAAUUAGACUGACUGGAGGAGAACCCCUAAUGAGAAAGGAUACUAUCCGUAUAAUCGACCACAUAACAAAACACACCGGAAUAAAAAUAGUGGGAUUGACAACAAAUGGAUACUAUUUAGACCAAAAGGUAGGUGAUUUAAAGGAGGCGGGGCUUACAAAUCUAAACAUCAGCUUAGACACGCUAGACCCUGAUAAGUUUUCCUAUAUUACUGGUCAAAAAUUGAAGGUCAAAACAACCAAAACUAUUCAUACACUUAACUCAACCGAACGUUUCGAAAAAGUUUAUAAUACGAUGUUAUCCUGCGUUCAAAAUAAAGAUUUUCCGGUUAUCAAAAUUAAUUGCGUAAUCAUGAAAGACUUCAAUGAAACUGAGAUAAUCGAUUUUGUGAAUUUGACCAAAUAUCACGAUAUAAGUGUUCGAUUUAUAGAAUACAUGCCUUUCCUUGACAAUGGAUGGGAUAGAUCCGUAUUCAUCCCUUACUUUCAAAUGAUCGAUAUGAUCAAAUUAUCAUACCCUUCCCUUAUCAAAUACGAAGGAAGUUUAGCCAAGGAGACCGCCAAGAGUUAUGGUUUCGGUUCCAAACUGCUAUGCUACAAAUAUACAGAAUCAGAACUUUACAAAAUACCAGGGUUUAUAGGAACUAUCGGGUUUAUAACGACCAUGAGUCAAAAUUUUUGCGGUGACUGUAACAGAUUAAGGCUGACUGCGAAUGGCAAGCUUAAGAAUUGUAUAUUUGGCGACAAUUCAUUGGAUUUGAAAUCUUUAUUAAGGAAUGACACUUUAAAAGACGAUGAUUUUGAAUUAACUAUCGUUGAUCAUAUUAAGCGUUUUUUAAAGACAAAGAAAGAAUAUCACACAGAAAAUGAGAACAGAUCGCAAAGUUUACCGAUGAUUCAAUUGGGUGGAUAAAAUUUAUAAUUCUGGUUCCCUGACCUUUUACAUCCAUCAUCCAUUAUGUGAAUUUUUGGAGCUAAAAAAAAUUAUAUUUUAUUAUAUAUAUAUGUAUACUCACUAUAUACGUAAUGAUCAUAAUUUCGUGUUAAUUUUAUUUCAAAUUGUAAUA